AUCUACGUAACUUGCGAGGCACAUACCAGCAAAUAUUAUCAAAAUGUCUUCUUCAAUCUCUACUAAGCAGCGAGGAACCCUCUACUACGAGUAUAAGAAGCUCAACAAGAGGAUAUUUGAAACGCUAGAUCCCGAGAGACUACUAAAAGGCGUCCGUUACGAGGAAGCAACACAGAUUGCACAGGUUCUUGCCAGAGACCUAGCAGAAAACCUCCGAGAUACAGUCUGCAAACAACUCUUAGAUGCUAUAGAGUAUCGCACCGAGUGGGGGAAGCGCUACAAAUAUGCGCCCCAGCACAUACAAGAUGGCCAUAAGACGUACGUUAUUUUUUUGCAGGGCAUCCAGUACCAACUGAGCGCGUAUAAAAAAGGAAGGAAGGCGACGAUUGAAGUAAUAGAGCAGCACCUGAAAGCAGGAGAGGAAGAGGAAGGAACUAUGGACGAUAUCAAAGUGGGCCUGACCCUCGAACAAGCAGAGUUCCUCGCUUUUCUAGCUUCCCUCAUGGCGCUGGUUAGUGAGGCUGCAGCGCUCUGGCGGGAGGUGGCACAGGGAAAGUUACCCAUCUGGACAGCCUCUACCUUGACCGACAUCCUCCUCCACGAAGCCGAGAGCCUGAUCCACGUGACAAGACUCCUGAAUGAGGAAGAGGAGUUGUCAUCAGAAUUGCUCAGGCCUUGGACUGCCAGCACCAGCGAUAAGGAUGGGGUGUCCUAGCCGCAGCUCGCGCAGGAUUGAGUCGACGCGCUGGACAAGGCGAACGACGCAGGAAGUUUGUGGCGCGAGCUGUCCAUACUCCUGCCCGAAUUACCCCGCUGCUUGUUCCUCUUGAUGAUCCCUAGCCUUGUCUCUCUGACAUUGUGCUCUUCGGCGUUCGAGUUCGGUUUUAUCUAGCAUUCGGAAGCUGAGAAAGUCCAACAGCCAUGUGCAAGAAAGUCGUUGCAAUGUCGGGACUAUCGAGCUCGUCGCAUGAAGUUAUAGUGCGGGGUAACGUCAGACAAUGACGCAAAGAGGAACAAGGCUGACAGUAGUGUAGUCAGACUAGGACCCUGACUAUAUACAAGCUCGGGCAAUACACUUUCCAGCCACAUGUGGUUUUCGGCCACCCCACCCAAAGUAGCCAUACAAUUCAAAGUC